UACAUGUCCUCAUGGCUCUUGCUGCAUAUGCGUCAAUUUUCAUGGGCAAUGCCUUGGAAGGAGGCUUGCUUCUUGCAAUGUUUAAUCUUGCCCACAUUGCUGAAGAAUAUUUUACAAGCCGGUCAAUGAUUGAUGUCAAAGAAUUGAAGGACAAUUAUCCCGAUCAUGCACUAGUGUUGGAAGUCAAUGAUGAUCAGCCGGUUCAAUUUUCGGAAAUGAAUUACAAAAAGAUUCCUGUUAGUGACCUUGAAGUUGGAUCUUUUAUUCUGGUCAGAGCUGGUGAGGCUGUGCCAGUGGAGAGUGAGAGUCAAGGAGCAUCUACUGUUACUAUUGAGCAUUUGACUCGAAGCAAAGCCACUGAGAGGAAAGUGGGGGAUGCUAUCCCUGGUGGUGCGAGGAACUUGGAAGGAAUGAUGACUAUAAAGUGGUUUCCAGCUUGUUUUAUUGAUAAUUCUCCACUCAUUCUUUCUAGUUAUUUUCAUUCUCUCUUCCCUGCUUCUUCCAAAGUAUUGGUUGGGGUUGUCUUUCCAGCUUAUGCUGCUAUCGCAAUAAGUUCAUGUGCAAGUAAGGGAAUACUGCUAAAGGGAGGGCGUGUAUUAGAUGCCCUUGCAGCUUGCCAGAUUAUUGCAUUUGAUAAAACUGGGACGCUUACAACAGGAAAGCUUAUGUGCAAGGCCAUUGAACCCAUUCAUGGGCAUUUUGUUGGACUGAACAAGUCUCAUUUUUCUUCUUGUUGUGUUCCUAGCUGUGAAAAAGAAGCUCUAGCUGUAGCUGCAGCCAUGGAAAAGGGUACCACACAUCCGAUUGGAAGAGCAGUUGUUGAUCACAGUAUGGGGAAAGAUCUUCCGAACGUCUCCAUUGAGAGCUUUGAGUGUCUUCCUGGUAGAGGUCUUCUUGCAACUCUAUCUGGUAUUGAGAGAGGACCUGGAGGUGAUGAGCUCCUAAAGGCAUCAAUUGGCUCUGUGGAAUACAUUGCAUCUUUGUGUAAAUCUAAUGAUGAAUCAGAAAAGAUCAGGGAAGCAGUAAGGAUGUCUGCCUAUGGUAGUGAAUUUGUUCAAGCAGCAUUAUCUGUCAAUAAGAAGGUCACACUUUUUCAUUUUGAGGAUGAGCCUCGACCAAGUGUUGCAAAAGUGCUAACUACACUAAAGGAUCAAGCAAAAUUGCGAACAAUUAUGUUAACUGGCGAUCAUGAAUUAAGUGCAAAGAGAGUUGCUAAAGCAGUGGGUAUUGAUGAAGUUUAUCACAGCCUUAAGCCUGAGGAUAAGCUCAAUCAUGUGAAAUCGACAUCUAGAGAAACAGGUGGAGGCUUGAUAAUGGUUGGUGAUGGUAUUAAUGAUGCUCCUGCUCUAGCUGCAGCGACUGUUGGAAUGGUGUUGGCUCAGCGUGCUAGUGCGACUGCUAUAGCAGUUGCAGAUGUGCUUUUACUGCAAGAUAAUAUUUCUGGUGUUCCUUUCUGCAUUGCAAAAGCUCGCCAAACUACUUCACUGGUGAAGCAAAGUGUAGCACUUGCUUUAACUUGUAUAAUUGCGGCUUCUCUUCCCUCAGUGUUGGGUUUUCUUCCUCUAUGGUUGACGGUUCUGCUGCAUGAAGGGGGGACGCUUCUAGUCUGCUUGAAUUCAGUUCGUGCUCUUAAUGAACCCACAUGGUCUUGGGUUCAGGAUCUUGAGCACCUAAUAAGUCAAGUCAGAGAAUUCGCAGCUCACCUUUUGAAGAGACAGCCUCCUUCCAGCACCAUCCAGGCUGCACCCUUGUAAACUUGAGAGUAUGUGAUUUUUAGAUGGCAAACCAAGACAAUCUUAUUGCACAUUGUUGAUACAAGUUCUUUGUAUUUUUGUCUAGAAAUCAAAAUAAAUUUCACCUUGGUUUGUCUUC